AUGUUGCGACAUGCAGCAGCUCGGAUCGCGGUCGGUCAGAUGCGAUCGACGAGUGACGUGGAGGCGAACAUGGCAGAGAGCAAGAGGCUGUGCCAACUUGCUCGCUUGCAGGGCGCCUCCUUCUUGUCGCUCCCUGAGUGCUUCGAGUUCAUGGGAACCCCAGGCACGGGCGACGCGUUGAAGAUGGCAGAGCCUUUGACGGGAGAAAUCGUCUCUCGGUACAGAAAGCUGGCGCGAGACGAGGGUUUGUGGCUGAGCUUAGGAGGCUUCCACGAACGCAAGACAAAAGACGAUCCAAAGAUAUACAACACUCACAUCGUUGUAGACGAUGCUGGGCAGAUCGCAGCCACAUACCGGAAGCUGCACUUGUUCGAUGUGGAUUAUGAUGGAGGGUUCCAGGAGAGCAGAUCAACGCAUAAAGGAGAGGAAAUCGUUGUGCUUAAAGACACUCCGUUUGGCAACAUCGGGAUCACAACAUGCUACGAUCUCAGGUUUCCUGAGCUCUUCGUCGCACUCAGAGAUGCAGGAGCACAUCUCAUCCUGAUCCCCAGCGCCUUCAUGCCGACCACGGGCGAGGCGCACUGGGAGGCAGGAGGAAGCCUGAGAGGGGAGGAGUGUGAUAGAUGCCGGCAGGUGCUGCUGCGAGCAAGAGCGAUCGAGACCCAGUGCUAUGUCGCAGCCGCAGCACAGUUCGGAAGACACAAUGAGAAGCGGUCGAGCUACGGCCAUGCGCUCAUCGUCGACCCGUGGGGGAAGGUGCUUCAAGACGCAGGUUCCGAAUCUGCUGGCGUUGUCGUUGCCGACUUGGACUUCUCCCUCCUUGAACAGGUUCGUGCUCGCAUGCCGAUGUCAGCUCAUCGAAGGUAA